AUGUGUUAUUGUGUACAUGAUUUCCUAAGUGUCGAUUCUGGUGUGAAAGAUUUCGUGGGUAUUUACGAGGAGCGAGAUAUAGCUCUUGAGCCCAACCCCAUACAUACCCUUAUUGUACCUGGUGCAUGUAUUACUUCCCCGGCUGGGCACAGGCCCCCGGGACGCGUUCCCGAGCGGACGGAGACCCCGGCGGACGCAGACCCCGGCGGACGCGUUCUCGGGCGGACGCAGACCUCAGGGACGCGUUCCUCGGCGGACGCAGACCCCCAGGGGACGCGUUCCUCGGCGGACGCAGACCCCCAGGGGUCGCGUUCCUCGGCGGACGCAGACCCCCAGGGGACGCGUUCCUCGGCGGACGCAGACCCCCAGGGGACGCGUUCCUCGGCGGACGCAGACCCCCAGGGGACGCGUUCCUCGGCGGACGCAGACCCCCAGGGGACGCGUUCCUCGGCGGACGCAGACCCCCAGGGGACGCGUUCCUCGGCGGACGCAGACCCCCAGGGGACGCGUUCCCCGGCGGACGCAGACCCCCAGGGGACGCGUUCCCCGGCGGACGCAGACCCCCAGGGGACGCGUUCCCCGGCGGACGCAGACCCCCAGGGGACGCGUUCCCCGGCGGACGCGUUCCCCGGCGGACGCAGACCCCCAGGGGACGCGUUCCCCGGCGGACGCAGACCCCCAGGGGACGCGUUUCCCGGCGGACGCGUUCCCCCGGGCGGACGCAGACCCCCAGGGACGCGUUCCCGGGCGGACGCGUUCCCGGGCGGACGCAGACCUCAGGGACGCGUUCCUCGGCGGACGCAGACCCCGGCAGACGCGUUCCCGGGCGGACGCAGACCCCCUGGAACACGUUCCCCGGCGGACGCAGACCCCCUGGAACACGUUCCCCGGCGGACGCAGACCCCUGAAACGCGUUCCCCGGCGGACGCAGACCCCUGA